UUUUGGAGUUCUUUCAUUUUUCAAUGAAUUUUUAUCAAGUUAUCCAAAAAAUUCAUGUUCUACUUUCUAUCCUCUGUGGUGCAUUUCUUUUGCUUUAUGGCGUUGCAUUAGCUAUUGAAGGAUGGGGUGUAGUUGCAAGUUUGAAAAUCUAUCCCCCUUCCGCUGGAGCUGCUGUUUCAGCAAUUACCCUUGUCGUAGCUUUUGGAUUCGCUCUCUCUCGCCCUUGUUUGACUCUCGAGCUUUGUGUACUUUGCAUGCUGUUAAGGAGUGGAAGAGUUAUUGGAGAAAUAAUUGAGCUAGGUUACAAUCACCAGGUAAGUGUGGCUGGACUUGACUCUUUUAAUUUCCAACCGUGUGAAGCUGUGCUUGAGUCUGGUUGUGAAGUUUCCAACGUGUUUGUUGCUGAUUCUGAAUCUGAUUUUGAGACAAUAUUUGGAAACCUUUUUGAAGUCAAAACUGAACAAAAAAUGGCUACUUUGAAAGAACUUGCUGCCCCUGAUUUAAAUGUUCAACCUUUGGCUAUUNGCCUCUAGGAUAGGGUCUAUUAGGAAGGAUAUCUGUGGGGUCAAACAAAUGAUAGGUGAAAAU